AUGGAAAUUCCCACUUCUACCGAGGCUCUCACCAAGUUACUGCGUUCUAAAGGCACCACUACUUCUCAAAUUGUAGAAAUCACUUCACAUUUCGAUGAAUUAGAUCUAUAUUUCCCUAAUAAAGAGAUUUUUAUCCUAGAGCUUAUACAGGAUCGUUGGAAUGACCAGAAAUUGGUCAAUUUCAAAAAGGACUACAAAAUAUGGAAGCUUUACAAUGACAUGUUUUCCAAGGUUACCGAUGAUACGAUAAGGAAGAAACUACUAAAGGACUUGAGAUUCGUUCCUCAUUUGAUGAAGACUUUAGAAGUGCUAGACUCGGACAUCCCGGAGAUUUUGAUAGAGCUGGAAAGAAUGUGUGUCCUAAUCAAUUCCAUGAUCAGAGUCGACGUAUCAGCAGAAAAUGCUAUUACAAUUCUGGGCAAGACUCUAAGCUUGAUACAAAGGACGGACGCAGACCACGAAACCCUUGUGCUCCAAGUGAUUAAUUUAACAGAUAUUACCAAUUUCGCACAAGUGUCAGCCAAGAUGUCCGACUGCUAUUGUCGGGAACUACUACUACCUACCGUCAAAUAUUUCGUAAAGUUUGGAUCUGAACUCACACUUCUCUCAGACUUCCUGUCCAAAUUUCUAUUUGAACCUUCAGUGGAUCUGGUACAGCUAUUGGAAUCUUUCGUGGACGGAAAUCGUUCUCAGUUGGAGUCUCAAGAUUGCAUACUGAUAUUUGAAAAAUCGAUGCAGUCCUUAUCCAAGCAGAAUUUUUCUAUGCUGGAGAAGAUCUUCACCAUCAUAACAUCGGCCAAAAAGCAACUAGCACCAUCGCUGCUGAAAAAACUAUCGAUUUCUAAGAAGACGAUGUCGCAAGAGUUUUUGGACAAUCUGUUGUCGGAGAGUUUGAGGGAUUCCAAAUAUGACCAACCGUUCUGGUCGCUGAUUCUUCAUAUUUUAGAUUUGGAUGUUGAAAUCGGAAUUCAGAAUUUUGAUCAAUUGAUCAAGUUAGUGGUUGAAAGGAAGAGUGAAAAUAUCGAGUCUGUCGAGAUGCUUUGGGAAAAGUUAAUACAGUGCUUCAUCAAUGCCAGAGAAUUCGUGGGCUUUUUGGAAAAGAUACAGACAUACUGUGGCGAUCAAAGAGAGUCAGCUAUUUUUCUUCUUCAAGAUCCGCUUUUUGCAGAUAAGAUUUCCAGCAACAUCUCUACUUUAUCAGUUGUGCAGUUGAAAUUUCUCAUCACUAAUUUAGUCGACCAGAUCUUGAAAGGUUCGUCUGACACCUCCGACAUCGGCGGUUCAGUUUUAAAACUUAUUCUAAAGGGUCUUUCAAGGCUAUCAUACAUUUCUUUACCAGAACUAAAGCCAGCAGUUGCCAAGGUCUUCGAGGUUCAUGCUGAUCAUCCUUCAAAACUGUGGGAGAUCUGGUAUUUGGCGAUGGAGGUUUACGACGAUAUUGUACCGUUAGACUCGUUGGAAUCUAUUGAAAAACAACUUUCCUUGUUUUUCUCACUCCCCAUCAAGCCCAAGGAACUGUUUUACUAUUUCUUCAAGCUGAGAGAGUAUACGACUUUCGAUUUAGUCCAAUUAAGCGACGCACUUCUACAAUUUUUACAAGAAUCGACAACAGAAACUAAAAGAGUGGUGUUGAAGGACAUUUUUUCCAAUUGGUAUUCGUUGUUAAACUCUGCUUUUUCCAGGAAAGCUCUUGAACAAUUGACAAACUUUUUGGUUUCUGAAGAAUGCAUAGAUCUGCUGGAUGAAAUUUUUGAAGAUGAUAACAUUUUUGAAGAGCCCAAUGUGAUAUUCUUUCUGGUCCAGAAAUUGCAAGAGCGUUCUGAGCAACAGGAAUAUGUACUAAAACUUCAGAAAAUCCCCAUCCAAUGUAUCAAUAAGAGUACAAGAUCCGAUUUGAUAAACAGUUUAAGCUCCAAAAAAGUGAUCACGAAGAAGGACAUUGAAUUAAUUGGCCACCUGUUGUCUAAUCCAACUUUUAAAUCUAAUAUCGAAAGGCAGGCAGAUUCAUUGUAUUCCGUACUAUCACACGCUACUGAGAAAUUGACAUACGAGAACGUCGCUGUGGAGAAGGUCUGGCAAAACCACUUAGGUCAAAUGAAAGAAGCUAGCAGCAUUGACUUUAUUCGAGAAGGAGGGCAAUUUAUUUCCAGAGGCAUGAACGAAGAUCCAAAUGAAAUAGGGUACUUCCAGAUGGCAUUUUUAGCUCUAAAAGUGUGUCGAUCGAAUGCAUUAGACCCUCUCAAGAAAGAUUUCGUUGGAAAAUGCUUGAAAAGGCUUUCAAAUGCCGAAAAGGAAGAUAUUGAAAUAAUAAUAUGGUUCUUGAGAGCUCUGUAUUAUGUUUUCAAACUGGAUAACAAUUGCAUAUCCAAAGAUGAGUCCGCAAGACAGACUGUAUCAAAUCUUUAUCGAUCUAUCAAGACCAGCGAUAAGGAAAUGCAGAAAAAAUUAUUGACAAAUAUAUUUUUAUUAUACUCGACUACCUAUGCUGAUAAACUGGAAUAUCUGUAUGCACACUACAUGGUGCUAAGAAAUUGCGAUAUUGAGUCAGAAGAAAUACUUCCUGCGAUCGAAGAUGUGCUGAGUGAUUCCUCUAAAACUAAUUUAGUGGAGUUCAAUCAAGCUUUUGCAAACCUCACCUUUUCCCUUGGCAGCUGUAAAUCUAAUUUCAACGAAGGACUCUUAGAACUCUACCGAGUCCAAAUCGAGCACCUUGAGAAGGAUAAUAUUAUUGGGACACACUUGUUUGCGAAAUCUCUUUCCGAGUUCUAUACGAAUUGUGAGAACUUCAAAAGUGCUAGAGUUCCAGUGUUACGAUUACUCACAACUUUACAGUCUUUAUUGGUAUCCAAACCGUGGUUAUUCUCUCAGUAUUGUACUGAAAUGCUAUUCCCAUUCUGUUUAAAACUAAUGUCCACCUUUUUCGAAGGCUCCGGUGCAAACGACGAUCUUUUCACCGCUAUUGUCAAAGUCAUUUCCAAUAUUUUACUGGCUCAAGGUGUGAAGUUAACCAAUCGCCAUCACUUAAUGAAUAGUUUUAUCUGCGUAUGCCUUGAAUUAAUUGCAGACUAUAAAAACACUGGUUUAAGUUCGCAAUCUGCUAAAUCGCUCUCCAGGUUAAUUAGCAAUUUCGUCGAGCCAAGCAGUAGCGGGAACAACUAUUCUAACAAGUAUUCUAAAAAUAAUUUGAGUUCUACAGUUGGGCUACAAAAGAAGUUGUUGAGAAAAUAUGUUCCUGUGCUGUUAAUCAGAUUCAUCCAUUUGUCGAUCUAUCGACCCUUUGAAAGCCCAGCUAGAAAAGAAUUGGCAUCUGGUGUGUAUGCCAUUUUUGAUCUAAUUUCCCAGGCGGAAUUGAAUAUGAUCAAUAGUAUUUUAGAUCAUGCCGGUAGACAGUAUUUCAAAUCCCUAUACGCAGAGUACAAGAAAGUUGGUAAGUGGGAUGCAAAUUGA